AUGCUUGCCAACCGCAAAAGCCGUUCUCUCACAUCUUCCAUCAUCCUUCUCGCUGUCGCUUAUAUCUUCUUGAUCUGGCUUCCCCUCAGCCGCCUCCACAAAUAUCAAUUAUACCAUCCAAGGCCCACGCCCAUCCUCAACAGCCACCUCUCAUCGCCCAAUGCCAUUCAUUUGAACCUCUCAUCCGAGAGGUUCCCCGUUACCUCAUAUACUCCUUUACCAACACAACCAUCACCAAUUCCCCGCAUUCAAUAUGACUUCCCGCCUGAGUCAAAACGUGAACGCAAACAACGAGUCAAGAGGCAGAAGGCCGUCAAGGAGGCUUUUAUGCACUCGUGGAACGGAUAUAAAUCGCAUGCUUGGAUGCGCGAUGAGGUAUCGCCCAACAGUGGGAGAUACGUAGACUCGUUCAGCGGGUGGGGCGCUACACUUGUUGAUUCCCUAGAUGCUCUUGUUAUUAUGGGGCUCGACAAGGAACUCCACAUUGCCCUGGAAGCUUUAGAACAUAUUGAUUUCACAACCACGUUUAGUCGUGAUGUUAAUGUGUUUGAAAUCAUUAUCCGAUAUAUGGGUGGGCUCCUUGCUGCUCAUGAUUUGACCGAGGGCAAGUAUCCUAUUCUUCUUAAGAAAGCCGUGGAGUUGGGUGAGAUGAUCUUCAAUUGCUUUGAUACGCACAACCGCAUGCCUCAAAUGCGCUGGGAAUGGUCCAGAUCUGCCGAAGGCGAAGAAAUCCAACCAUCAGAAAGGAUGGCUCUAGCCGAGCUAGGCUCAUUCAGCGUGGAAUUCACCCGCCUAACCCAAAUCACUGGCGAUCCGAAAUACUUCGACGCCGUUCAAAGAAUCACAAACGAGCUUGAAUCGAGCCAGAAUGCCACUCGCAUCCCUGGUCUAUGGCCUGUAUGGGUCAACGCAGACCGACUCAAGUUCGACUCGAGUGAUUUCUCGCUCGGCGGGUGCGCCGACUCGGCUUACGAGUAUCUUCCCAAGGAACACAUCCUUCUCGGCGCCCAAACAGACCAGUAUCGUGAUAUGUACAACAAUGCCAUGGACGCGAUCAAGGACAAUAUGCUCUUCAGGAUUAUGACCAAGGACGAGAGCCAGAAGGUCCUGUUCACUGCAGAUGUUUGGUCUUCCAAAGGCGGUGGCAUGCAUAGUGUUCAGUACGUUCAGGAUCACUUGAAAUGUUUCCUCGGUGGAAUGGUUGGUAUCGGUGCCAAGGUGUUUGACCGCGAGGAAGAUAUGGCUAUCGCCCGUGGACUUACAGAUGGCUGUAUCUGGGCCUACGAUCAGAUGCCUUCUGGUAUCAUGCCUGAGAUCAUGAAGGUAUCCGCCUGCGAAGACAUCGACGAUUGUCCCUGGGACGAGAAUCGGUGGUAUAGGGAAGUUAUGGCGAAGCCAGUCAACACACCUGCGGAGCGCGAGAAGGCUCAAGAGGUCGUCGAGCUUGAAGGUAUCCCCCCGGGUAUCCUCAGCCUCCGUGAUCCUACAUAUAAGCUCAGACCCGAAGCCCUCGAAUCUGUUUUCAUCAUGUACCGAAUCACAGGCGACAAGUCCCUCCAGGAUGCAGCUUGGCGUAUGUUCCAGAAUAUCGACAAGGCGACGCGCACCAAGUACGGCCACUCUGCUAUCCAGGACGUGCGCACGUCUGUGUCGGAGCAUAGCGAUAAGAUGGAAAGCUUCUGGCUUGCUGAGACUCUCAAGUAUCUUUAUCUUAUAUUUUCCGAGCCUGAUCUCAUCAGCUUGGAUGAGUAUGUCUUGAGUACCGAGGCACAUCCCUUCAAGCGGCCCUCUGGGUACAUUUGA